AUGGCGUCGCAACAAAUUCUUUUUGCCGAAACCAUAGCGGAAUCCGACUCAGACUCCGAGAUCGAAAGCUAUAGCAAUCGUGGCAAUAAGCUCAAAAAGCAGGCACGGUUUGCCCGUCAAGGGCAAUUGGUCCCAAAUAACGGUCCAAGUUCGUAUAAAGAGUAUGUCGAAUACGGUGGUGUCCGACGCCCGAUCCUAUAUCGCAAUCCCCCAUUAGUCGACGAGGAAGGAUACGAAAUAGAUAGCGACGACGAAGAUGAGGAGCGCGUUCAAGAGGCAGAGGCCUCGGCGGCGGAGAUGAACCCUUACGCCAACAUACAAAUAGAGAAUAUCCUUGCUCCACUUACUGCAUCAACCGCGUUACCGACACACCCGACCCUAUCGAAGCCCUUCACGUCCAAAACCCUGACCCGACUUGUUGACCAAAGUUGCGACAUAAUGCGCAAGGAGAAUCGGUCGCUGUGGAGAGUCAGACAUCUCCUGACAGCGCUCUGCGGCGACUACACAUGGGUCCCUUGCGAAAUGAUGGUCCGGCCGGCAGACGUUGAGCUCUAUACAGACAACCACACGGCGCAACAUUUGUUGGCGCUAUCUGAGGCGAUAUCGGCGCUUCCCAGAAUCACCAACGGCGAUAUACAACAAGGCAGCGGUGUCGAACAAGCAAAUGCUGUACCAGACACAACAUUCGAUGGUGAGCCCACGAACAAGGACCCAGCAGAGGAUGCCGAUAUAACCAUGACGGACGCUGGAACUGCCGACCCAGAUGAUUCUCUCGUUGAGGAUGCCGACGAGAAUACAAAGGUUGAGGCCGAGAAGGAUGGUGCUGGAGCGCCAUCAAAUAUGCAUAAUGGCGAGCAAAUAUCAGCUGCACAGACCGAUAAAAGAGAUUCCAUGGGUGAAGCGACAAACGGGGUCAAGGAGCAUACAAACGAACAAGGGACGAAUGAGAUGGAGGCGACCAGAGCUGAGGCCACUGCGAAACCUUCAGGCAGCGAUGCACAUCAACAAAUGGAAUCGGCUGAGACAAUACGUGCAGAUGUAUCCAUGAUCUCCGACGCGGACGAUGACUUCAUACAUCCCAUGUUUCUUGCACCUUCAGGAGCAAGACCAGAUCGAGAUAUCGGCUUGCCGGACCAAGAAGCGGAAGAUAUUCGACGAUUGCUUGCGCUCUACGUGCAGAAGCAGGAAGAGGUGUGUAGAGGGGCAAAGAGGCUGUUUCUAGGACUCCUCAAAGCCGAGCAGAUGCGGAAGAAUGUACUCCACUGGUCCAAGGCAGAAGCUCAUUCAGGGCUUAACCGAGACAUGUCGGACGGGGAAGAUUGGUACGACAAGGAGGAAUGGGGUCUCACAGAAGACCUCAAAAAGGGGCAGGAUGAAGAGGAAGAAGAUGUGCAGACAACUGGUAAAAAGACGAGAAACCGACGUCAAUAG